AUGAUAGCUGGUAAAAAGUGUAAAAGAUAGAGAGGAAACUUCGUCGAGAUAUAUGGCCUAUGCAAACACAAACCCGCAAACACAAAUACAAAAAUUCCAGAUAAUCUAUGAAAAUUGUAUUAUUUUGUUUGAAAUAUCAUUGAAAUUUUUUAAUAAAUGAGUCUAUACACUGCAAUUAAUUUGAGAAAUAUCGUUUGUGAUUUUUAGUGAUCUUACUAGUAGAUGUCGCUUUGGUCAACAAAGUUCCAUUGAAAAGUUUAAAUCAAAAAUGUCAGUUGGAAGUUGAAAGGAGGCUGUUGGAUUGUUGAUAAAAUUUUUCUAAAUAUUGGAGCAGUUGAUCUUUUUGUUAAAAAGUGUUAUUUCACUGAGAAAUUUACUUCAAAUAUUGUGAGUUGUAUAAAUAACUCUUGUUUUAUCUCACAGGUAAUACAGAAUUGUUUUAACAUAUAAAUUUAUAUAACAUGAAAUAACUGCAUAACAAUUUUUAGUUUUAGCAAAACUUGCUAAAAGAAUGCUCUUAAAUUUUCUAGAUCGUCCAUGACUUGUGAUAUUAUGGCUCAUGCAGAAGUAUUCCAGUGUCCGUCAAAUAUCUCAUCCGAUUACAAAGAAAUUGUCUUCGAUACCUUGUGUAAAAUGAAAGACCAUGUUGAAGCCAGAGGACCAAGCUAUCAGUGGAAUUUGGAUGAUUUUGAAAUUGGUGCACCUUUAGGCAGAGGCAAGUUUGGGCGGGUUUACCUAGCCAGAGAAAAAACUACGCAUUAUAUGGUCGCGUUAAAAACUUUGUACAAAGUAGAAUUAAUGAAAGGACGCGUGGAAAAGCAAGUGAUGCGUGAAAUUGAAAUUCAAACGCAUUUAAGGCAUCCACAUAUUCUACAAAUGUUAACGUACUUUCACGAUCAUAAGCGUAUUUAUCUUGUAUUAGAGUUCGCAGCUCGAGGGGAAUUGUAUAAGGAAUUAAAAAGGCAACCAAAUGAAAGAUUCAAUGAACAUUUAUCUGCUAAAUACACUUAUCAAGUAGCAGAUGCUUUGGAAUAUUGUCACAGGAAUAACGUCAUUCAUAGAGAUAUAAAACCGGAAAAUUUAUUACUUACAUACGAAGGCAAUGUAAAAUUGGCGGACUUUGGAUGGUCUGUUCAUGCACCAUCAUCUAAGAGGAAUACAUUAUGUGGAACAUUAGAUUACUUACCUCCAGAGAUGGUAACAGGGCAAACGUAUGAUAUAUAUGUCGACCAUUGGUGUUUAGGCAUUCUCUGUUACGAAUUUCUUGUGGGUAGACCACCUUUCCUUAGCGAUUCGCAGCAAGAAACUUACGUAAAAAUAAAGACGAUAAAUAUACAAUGGCCGGAGCAAAUUACGCCGGGAGCUAAAGAUUUAAUAUCGAGGGUAAUUAUUCUUCUCGCACAUUGUAACUUUUUAUUUGGACAAAUCAUAAUUUUUCCUUUAAUUACAGCUAAUUAAACGAAGAAGCUCGGAAAGAAUUUCUAUGGCUGCUGUAAAGAAACAUUUUUGGAUAAUAAAAUACAAAGAUUUACAUUGA